AUGACAACAGACUCACCACCCACCCAAGCCAGCCGCGUUGACCCUGCAACAGAAGACAGAAUGCCACAAAAUGAACACAAUCAUAGCCUCAAAGAUGCAUCUCCAGAUGGUCUGUCGAUUUUGGACUCGGAUUCGUGCAUACCGAUAGCUAUUGUGGGAAUGGGAUUUCGGGGGCCGGCAGAUGCAACGAACGUCGAGAAGCUAUGGGAGAUGAUACUCGCAAGGGGAGAGGGAUGGGGCCCUAUUCCUGCUGCACGAUGGAACGAUACUGCCUUCUAUCAUCCAGAUCACAGUCGGCAUGGCACAGUGAGAUCUAAUUCCGCCUGGGUAUCAAUCAACAGGCUAACAAAACAAAUGAAGAUAAACAUUGAAGGUGGUCAUUUCCUUGAUGAAGACGUUUCAUUGUUCGAUGCGCCAUUCUUCAACAUGACAAGCGAUGAAGCAGCGGCUAUGGACCCGCAGCAGCGACUUCUACUGGAAGUGACAUAUGAAGGCCUCGAGAGUGCGGGCAUCCCCAUGGCCCAGAUCAUGGGUAGCAAGACCGCGUGUUUUGUUGGAUCCUUCUGCGCCGACUACACAGAUCUUCUCCUGCGCGACCCAGAGAGUGUCCCCAUGUACCAAUGCACAAAUGCCGGACAGUCCCGCGCGAUGACCGCAAAUCGGGUCUCCUAUUUCUUUGACCUGAAGGGGCCAAGUGUCACCGUCGACACGGCCUGCUCUGGCAGCUUGGUUGCAUUGCACCUAGCAUGCCAAAGUCUCCGGACUGGUGACGCAUCCAUCGCUAUCGCAGCUGGGGUGAAUCUUGUUCUCAGCCAUGAGUUUAUGUCCACAAUGAGCAUGAUGAAGUUUCUGUCCCCAGAUGGGCGCUGUUAUACCUUCGAUGCCAGAGCCAACGGCUAUGCCAGAGGCGAGGCAAUCGCAUGUCUCAUCCUCAAGCCACUAGCCAAUGCAAUCCGAGAUCGGAACACAAUCAGAGCCAUUAUUCGGGGCACUGGAUCCAACCAGGAUGGGCGAACCCCGGGAAUCACACUUCCCAGUGCAACCGCACAGGAGGCCCUAAUCCGUGACGUCUAUUCCAAAGCUGGCCUCUGCCCGAAAGAUACGGGCUUUGUGGAGGCACACGGCACAGGGACACAGGCGGGCGAUCCCAUCGAGAUCGGGGCAAUAGCUCGUGUGUUUGGGCCUGGCCGUCCUCCUGAUCAGCCGUUGCGGAUAGGGUCUAUCAAGACCAAUGUGGGCCACCUGGAGGGGGCGAGUGGCCUGGCUGGUGUGAUUAAAGCAGUCUUGAUGCUGGAGAAUUGCAUGUUUCUCCCAAAUCGCAAUUUUGAAACCAUCAACCCUCGCAUUCCACUGGAUGAAUGGAAGCUCAAGGUUCAAUUGAAUCCUGAGCAAUGGAAGACCAGCCAGCCGCAUAGAGUGUCGAUAAAUAGCUUUGGAUAUGGAGGAAGCAAUGCUCACGUCAUUGUGGAAGAUGCCCACGGUUAUCUCACCAGUCGCGGUGUGAACGGAAGUUCUCGAAGAAUUUCAAGUCCCUAUCACCAACAAUUAUCAGCGAAAGACAUCGCUACCAACUCAAAUAUACCCAGAGGUCGACUUUUGCUAGUAUCAGGGUUUGACGAGCGAUCCUGCCGGGAGCAGAUUCGGAAGCUCCAAGAAUAUGUAUCCGACAAACGAAAUACAAUCAACAAUGAGGAAAGCCUUUUGGAUGACCUUGUGUUUACUCUUAAUGAGCACCGGUCAAAAUUCUUAUGGAAGGCAGCCGUAGCAGGCCAUUCCAUUACAGAUAUCGCCGCAUCACUCUCUUCCAGUGUCAAGGUGAGGAGUGCAGUGCGCAAACCCAGCCUCGGAUUCGUCUUCACAGGGCAGGGGGCUCAAUGGGCGGGCAUGGGCAAGGAACUACUUCAAGCCUAUCCUGUAUUCCGGGAAUCCAUUGAACGAAUUGAUCGAUAUCUCGCUCGCAUAGGGGCAUCGUUUACCGUGCACGAGGAAAUCUCAAAGCUCCCCGAGGACUCCGAGUUGAGCCAUCCGCUUCUUAGUCAAACCGUGUGUUCAGGACUGCAGAUUGCUCUUGUUGACCUCUUUGCCUCCUGGGGGAUAUACCCAGACUCUGUCACGGGCCAUUCUAGCGGUGAAGUUGCCGCUGCAUAUGCCGCAGGUGCGCUCUGUAUGGAAGAUGCCAUGGCAGUGGCAUACUAUCGGGGCGUUGCAGCCAGUCAGAUAUCAACAGAGCACCAAGCGCGGGGGGCCAUGAUGGCAAUCGGAAUGCCCGCCAACGACGUUCAACACUAUCUCAACAAUCUCAGCUCAGGUAAAGUCGUUGUGGCAUGUGUUAACAGUCCUUCUAGUGUUACUGUGUCUGGCGAUAUUGCCGGAGUCGAUGAACUGGCGCAAAUAUUCAAGGACAAGUCGACCUUUACUCGACGGCUCGCUGUGGAUGUUGCGUAUCACUCUCAUCAAAUGGAACUCGUCAAGAAUGAGUACUUGGAAUCCCUGAGACACAUCAAGCCCCGAAGGGAUGAAGAUACCCCAGGGCACACAGUGCAGAAUCGAUUACCGUCCUUCUUUUCCUCGGUAUAUGGAACAGAAAUUCAAGCGCAAGAACUAGGGCCUGGAUACUGGGUAUCCAACCUGCUCGGGAAAGUGAAGUUUGCAGACUCAUUAAGGGUGUUGUGCUUUGAAACAAGCACUCAGCGCGGCGGCAUAGGAGGAGCCACCGCAAAGCGGACGAAGAGAAAUCCGGCACGCAAGGUGAAUGUGGACUGUCUUCUGGAAGUUGGACCGCACUCGGCACUCUGCGGCCCUAUUAGACAGAUUUUCCAGGCAGAUACAAAACUAAAUACCGCCGAAAUCGUGUAUGCAAGCGCGCUAGUGCGCAAGGGCAAUGCAGUCACGACUGUUCUCAAUGCUGCCGCGACGCUAGCCUCGCUGAGCUACCCACUCGACUUGAACGCUAUCAAUUUUACAGAGAACCAAAACCACAGACCCCCACAACUACUUGUGGAUCUGCCACCAUAUCCCUGGAAUCACACCCGGUCAUACUGGGCUGAGCCACGGUUGAGCAAAAUGUAUCGAAAUCGAGGAUAUGCCCGCACGGAUCUACUCGGUGCCUCCGACAAUAUAUCAUGCCCCUUUGAGCCCCGAUGGCGGAACCACAUUCGAGUGUCAGAAGUGCCGUGGUUGGCCGAGCACCGAAUUCAAUCGAAUAUUGUGUUUCCUGCCGCAGGCUACAUAGCCAUGGCAAUUGAGGCAUUGAGGCAGCUCACACAAGGCGAAGGCAAUGUUUCCGCAUUUGUUUUGCGAGACGUCAUGAUCAAAUCUGCUCUAGUGAUUAAUGAGCUAUCUGCGGUCGAAACUAUGGUUUCACUUCGUGACUCUAAGGAAGUUUCAAUGAAAGGACUAGGUCAGAUGUACCAGUUCCACAUUUACUCUGUGACGGAAGACAACAGAUGGACCGAGCAUUGCACAGGCCAAGUUGGGAGGCAGAGCAGUUUCAGCCUAACUGAUGAAGCUACCAGCGACGAUGCAGACGGUUUUGUCAUGAUCCCUUCCGGUACAGAAGUUCACGGAAUAUCAGCGGUGAACGUCCAGCAACUGUACGAAAGGCUCCAUAAUAUUGGCUUGGAGUACGGCCCGUGUUUUGCCAAUUUGACUGAAGCGCACGCUAGCCAGGAUGGUGCAUGCUUUGCAGAGGUCACCAUCCCGAAUACAGCAGCCGUGAUGCCCAUGUCAUUCCAGUAUCCUUUUUUGAUUCAUCCAUGUACUCUGGACAGUAUAUUCCACAGUGUCUUCGCAGCUCUACCCCCAAAUAUGGGCCUCGAGAAUGGUCCGCCGAUUCCAGUUUCAAUCGAUGAGAUGCACGUGUCCCCCGGGUUGAAUGCAUUAGCCGGCGAGGUCAUGAGUAUCUGCACUCAUGUCCGACAGGGGUCUCGGGGCGACGUCCUCGCAUCAAUCGCUGUGGUAGACUGCAACGACAGGCAGUGCGGGCUGGACUCGAGUAUACUAAUAAGUGGGCUGCGAUGUAAACGACUCGAGCAGGAGUCGGGGGAUACUAAUAGGGCAAAGGAGACAUGCAUAGCCUACAGGAUCGACUGGAAGGCAGACCCAGAAUUUCUCUCGCAGGAGAAUAUCUCACGGUGUUUUCCGCAACACAAAUACGAAAAAGUGAAAUCAGCGCCACGAAAGGAUCAUGAGGCGUGUGCCGCAUAUUUUAUCAGACGUGCACUCGGCGACUCCAGUGAGCCAAGCGAACAAAAGCCGGGCCCUAGAUCCUCUUCGGCAUACAUUAAUUACCUCAAAAGUGGUCUUCAGAUGUAUGAUACAUCUCAUGCAAAUGCACACGACCUUUCGAUUGAAAACGUUCGGUCAUCUGGACCUCUGGGGGAGCUUAUAUGCACUAUAGGCGAGAACCUCGAUCUUAUUUUGCAGAAAGGCAAGGUUGCCAGCUUGAUGGAAAACCCCCAUCUUUGGGAUGCGUUAUGGGAAAAUCUCUCAAAUGGCCUGGGAUACCAAGAAGCCGUCGAAUACCUUGAUUUGAUAAGCCACAAGAAGCCGGACCUCUCCAUCCUCGAGAUUGGAGUUGGAACAGGCCAAGUGGCCAAGACCUUCUUAGAACGUCUUGUCAAUGGUGUUGCCGUUCCUCGUUGCUCGAAAUAUACAUUCGUUCAUGGCGAUAAAUCGAUUCUCGACCACACCAGCCAAUCUCUGGAGCAAUGGGCAGAGCUGAGUGAGUGCAAGCGGUUGGAUAUGGAGCGCAAUCUCCCCGAGCAAGGACUAAGUGAUCAUUCAUACGACGUCGUUGUUGUACCAGAUGGGCUGUACUCAGUGCGUUCAUCUCGACAAACACUGCUUUCGAUUCAUACUAUCCUCAAAGAGUCGGGCACUUUAAUGGUGAUUGACCCUCUACUCAGCACACACAAUGUGCAGGAUGCUCUUCUGUUGGGCGCUUUACACUGCUUAUCUGCGGACGAGCUUCAUUUGAGUGAUAGAGGUGGCUGGAAUGAAAGCCAAUGGAAUGAAAUGCUUCGCGAGGCACACUUCACCGACCCAGAUAUAUUCAGUCUCAAUGAGCAAGAGAGUUCCCGGCUGUUCAUUUCCAAGCCUCAUCGCGUUCAUAGACAACCCAGAAGAAAGCUUUUGAUCAUACGAGAAGAGAAAGAUUGCGGUAUUGCCGUUGAUAUCUUGCAAGGGCGCCUUGUGGGCUGGUCAUUCGAAGUGACUGUCACUGACAUUGCUCACGCACAAGCAGAAGGCCAAAUAUGUCUUGUUCUCAGCGAUUUGCAGGUUCCUCUGCUAGAUCACUUUGACGAAGGUACCUUAGCAAAGGUCAAGGAUAUAUUCUUCCGCAGUGCCGGGGUCUUGUGGGUAACCAGAGGGGGCGCAAUUAAGCCCACUGACCCACGAGCAGGGUUGGCUACUGGCUUCGCAAGAACAGCACGAUCUGAGUCGGGCGUGAGUCCGAUCAUCACGCUUGAUCUCGACUCUCAGAAUCAACUGUCUAAGAAGCGCGCCGCUGAGAUAAUUGGAGAUCUCGUCGCAUCACGCUUCCUCUCCGAAGAUGCAUCAGGGAAUGACACAGAAUAUGCCGAGAGAGAUGGCUCAGUCCUAAUUCCGCGAAUCACGGAAAGUGUGAAGGACAACCAACAGAUCAGGGCAUUUAGCGAGCCAACAACCGUUGUGGAGCAACUUUUCAGAGACCGCGACCAGCCUGUUCGUGUCCCAAAAACCGAUAGACAGCUCGUUAUUGUACCUGAUACGCAGAUGAGCGAACUCCCUGUGGGCUACAUUGGAAUUGAAGUCCAUGCCUUUGGCCUCAGUGAACAAGAUGCUCCCAACAGUUCCGAUGAUGUUGAAUCAGAAUCAAAUCUAGGACUGGAAUGCAGUGGAAUCGUAUACAACAUGGGCGCAGGGGUUCAUGGAUUUUCUGUGGGGGAUCGUGUUGUCUGUCUUGGGGUUGGGACAGCAAGAAGCUAUUACCACGACCGAGCCUCGGCGUUUCAGAAGAUCGACGACGAUAUGCCAUUCGAACUGGCGGCGGCAUUGCCGGUGGCGUACUCGACUGCAUACUAUACAGUCGAUUAUCUGUCCCGGAUCGAAUCGAAUGAUGCGAUACUGGUCCAUGACGCAGCCAGUUGGUGUGGGCAGGCAAUAGUUGAAAUGUGCCGCUUGCGAGACGCCCAGAUCUUUGCGAUUGUCGAGAACCCCGAUCAGAGGACACUGUUAUCCAGCAGAUUUGCCAUUCCAGAGAAGCAGAUCUUCAUUCAAGACAUGGACGACUUUGCUCGAGGAGUCUUGCGAUUGACAGGAGGGAAAAAGGCCAGCGUGGUGAUCAGCUUUGAUGAUGUCAAGGAGCAAGACUUCCUCAAAUGUGUCGCUUCAUUUGGUCAAUAUGUUCAGCUCCGAAGGCACGACACGCCGCAUCAAGACACGCCUUGUCUAUCGAAGAAUAUUUCUUUUUCGACUUUCAAUCUGUUCAAGCUUCGCAAGGAGCGAGGCGACCUCGCAGACCAGAUAUGGUCUAAGGUCUUUCGUCUAUUCCGUGAAGGAAGACUCCGGGGCCCAUCCUCGACAGUUGUAUACACAGUUGACAUAGUCCAAGAGGCGAUAGAUGCAAUUGCAACAGAAAAGCAUGUGGUAGUGACCGCAGGAGCUGACGAUAUUGUCAAGGCAACCCUUCCGAAGAUUUCUCCGGUACUGUUCCAAAGCGAUGCCUCAUAUCUUCUGGUUGGUGGCCUGGGAGGCAUCGGACGUGCAAUCGCUUUGUGGAUGGCGGAGCAUGGCGCUCGGAGCUUGGUGUUUGUUAACCGAAGCGGCUUGGCAAAAGAAGAUGCCAAAUCAACGGUCAAGGAAUUGGAAGACAAGGGGGUUCAAGUGAUGGUGCAUGCGUGCGACAUAUCGGAUGAGACACAAGCCCAGCGAAUGGUCAUUGACACCUCCCGCUGUGCGCCUCCAGACGUCCACAUCGAAAGAAUGACGGCAGAAGAUUAUAACACAGUGUUAGGCCCGAAGUAUGCCGGAACAUGGAACCUGCAACGACACCUGCCACAUGACCUCGACUUUUUCGUCAUGUUGUCUUCAAUCAGCGGUGUUAUUGGAAAUGCAACUCAAGCUGCCUACGCCGCCGGGUCCACCUUCACGGACUCGUUCGCCGCAUACCGGAAUGCGCUGGGUCUCCCAGCAGUGUCCCUGGAUCUUGGGACCAUCACUGACGUUGGGUAUCUGGCAGAGAACAAAGAUCUAGCAGCAAAGAUGGCAAGACAAGGGUUCCAGGGCACUGGAACGUCAACACUGCUAUCACUCGUUCAAGUCGCCAUUUCCCAAUCACGGACGACAGACACAAACUCGCAGAUUGUGACGGGACUGGGCGAAUGGAAAGCAGGCGAGUCACUUGCAAACUUUGAGGCGCCUCUCUUCUCCCAUUUCCGUCGCAAGUACCAAACAGAUACCCAGAUGGACGUGCGGGAUGAUUUCGUGCAGAAACUACGGGAUGGACUAGAGGCCGCGAAAACGAUGGACGACGCCACAUCGAUCAUCUGUGACGCACUCAGCGCGAAGAUUGCUUCGCAUCUGGCUAUCGCCGUUGAAAGUAUCAACCCCUCUAAUUCGGUUUCUGAAUACGGCGUGGACUCCCAUGUGGCGGUGGAGCUGCGAAACUGGAUAUCCAAAACCAUGGGGAAUAGCGUGCCGAUUUUGGAGAUACUGGCAAGUGGCUCGAUGUUGGAUUUGGCAGGGAAAAUAGCAAUACAGCAACGCCGAUGGACAGAGGAAAAAGAGUGA